AUGAUCGACAUGGAACCUGCUUCACUGCGACAGUACUACCCUAGAAAAGUAACUGAUAUCAUGGACUUCGAAGACCCUGACAGGUGGGUCGUUUCAGACAAGCCAACGUGCCUGCAGAAGGCAGUAGGGAUCGCCGUCUCUUACCAAUCGCCCACGGCCCGGUCGCUUUCAGGGUCGAGCAUCGAGCAUCGAGCAUCGCGAGAGCUCGUCCGGAAAAAAUCCUCCGUGCCAGUGUGGCUCAAUGGCCGUGGCGACAGGCAGACGCGGGUCCACGACCGUGAUCCACUUUGUCUCCGGGGGUUAGACGGACUUGACAUCACAUUCAGGAGAGCUCCCGAUCAGCCGGCGAUCAACGGCGGCCUUGCCCCGGGCGAGACGGAGUUCCCCGUAUCUCGACCUGCCAUCGAGAUUGCCAUCGGGCUACAGGGCACUGCUGAUCCCCUCCAGGGAGAUGCCAUCCCUGCAUGUCCAGAGCUUUACUCCGGUGGAGAACGUGGGCAUGGCGCUGGUCUGGAAGAAUUGGCGCAAUCUGCGUGUGACAGCAAAGUGAGAGAUCGUCGCUGGAGGAAGGUCGGCACCGCCACGAUUCUUGGAGGUUGCUAG